AUGUCCACUAACCACUAUCAAUUUAAUGUUGUUAUGUCAUGCCAAGGCUGCUCCAAUGCCAUUAACAAAGUUUUAACUAAAUUGCAACCAGAAGUUUCAAAAGUUGAUAUCUCACUUGAAAAACAAACGGUUGAUGUUUACAGUUCUUUACCAUAUGAGACUAUUUUAGAAAAGAUUAAAAAGACUGGUAAGGAGGUUAAAAGCGGUAAUACUUUAUAA